ACCGCCCAAGAAGCCUCCCCCCGGCCCUCUGAAACCCCCUCCCAGCCCUCCUCCCAGGAAGCCAAGACCCCCACCACCAAAACCCCCAUCGCCCCCACCGCCCAGGAGUGGAUAAGCUGGAGGCGAUGGGGCUUCUUCCCUAGAUGGCGAUAAAAGGUUGGGGUGAAAUCCUUCCCCCGCAGGCCCUCUAAACCCUCUCCCACUCCACCUCCUAAGGAAGCCAAGCCCCCCACCACCGAAACCCCCCUCUCCCCCGCCACCGAAGGGGAGACACCCUCCACCAGGGCUUCUUCCCUCGAUGGCCAUAGCACAGCCAGCACAGCCAGCACAGCCAGCAUCAAGCUGUCAAGGUCGUCGUCUCUCUGGCGUUUGUUGUUGCAGGCGAAGUUCCAGCCGUCAGCCGUGUCUGCUAGGGGCAUAUACCUGCCCAGCCAAGAGCCAAACCUGUCCGGAAGGCUCCUAACUUUACGGCCAGGCAGGUCCAGUCAGCAUGCGCGUGCGACUCCAGGGGGGUCGGGGCCUUGCAGCCCGUUGUUUCCGAGGAAACUUAGUGCCGUCGGCCCCCCUUGUUCCCGCGCGGGAUGCGCGGAACUCGGGCAAGCUUUCUCGCUCGUUACGCCACGCCACUGCUACUCAUGCGGCAUUGUCGCUCGAUCUCAAGCGCGUGCUUCCCGCGGGGUCCAGGGAAGCGCGCUCGCCGCGAUGGCGCCUGGCCCGCCGCGGCCUGGGUCGAGCAGAUUUGUCGGGAUUCGCUGCAGUCGCCCUGGCGGACCAUCUUCCACACCAUAACGCCGCCUCGUACUAUAAAACCCGUAUUUGCUCUCGAGCUUCUCAUCUUGUGAAACCAUCCGGCGGACCUACGACUCGUGCACUUUCCCCUCACAUUCCCUCCCUACCACCAUUUGGUUAGACCAUCUCUGUCUUCAGCAACUUUGACCAUCUCUCUCUACUAGAGCGAGCCUCGUACAUCGUUACCAUCUAUCCCCGGCGGCAUUAUGGCUUCGUCGAAGCUUCUCGCUCUCGCGCUUCUGCUGCUCGUCGUCGUCAGCCUGACGACCUUCGCCGUCGCCGACGACGACGACGACGACCGUCGUCCGGAGCGCGAGCGCAAGCGGGACGGCACGGGCAACCAGGAUCGCGACCGCGACCGCGACCGCGACGGCUCUUGCGGUGGCAAGUCUGGCGGGUGCACCGGCAGCGGCGCCGGCGGCCGGCAGAAAGCUGGCGCCAGCAAGCAGGGCGGCGGGGGCGGGGGCGGAGCGGGACGCAUGGGAAGCGGAGUUGGCGCGGGUGCGGGUCGUGGCGGGCGCUUGGGCGGCAGCAGCAGCGCUGGAAAGGUGGCGAACCGGCGGCAGGGCAACAAGGGCAGCGGAAACUGCAACGGCAGCGGCGGCAGCGGCUGCAACGGUGGCGGCGGCCGCUCGGGGAGAGUGAAUGCCGCGAGCGUGCAGGGAGCGAGCAUUCAGAGCACGGGGUACGUGGUGGCGGACAACCGCGAGAGGGAUCGCAAGAGGGACGGCUCCGGCGACCAGGACCGCGACCGCGACCGCAAGCGUGACGGCUCUGGCUCCCGCUCCAGCUCCCGCUCCGGCUCCUCCGGUUCCUCCUCCUGCACCCGAUCUGGCGGCUGCACCGGCAACGGCGGCGGCGCUGGGCGGCAGGGUUCUGCGCAGCAACAGGGCCGCGGAAGUGGCGCAGGUGCGGGUGCGGCUGGUGGACGUGCGGGCAGCAUGAGCGGAGGAGGGGCGCGCCAGGGGGGGGCUGGCCGCACGGGCGCAGGUGCAGGGAACAGGGCUGGCGGAAGUGGGAACUGUAACGGAAGUGGGUCUGGUAACUGCAAUGGGAGUGGUGCGGGGAGGAAGGGAGGGAGGAGGGGAGGACGAGGGAACAGCGACAAUGAUGGUGAUGAUUAGACUAGAAUUGAGGUGGACGGGUUGGUGUGAUUCCAGCUGUCUUGCUGGAAGCUAGAUGGCCUCAUGGAGCUGGGAAAACAAGGGAGAAGAGAUGCAUGGAGAAAGUGGAUUGGGGAAGCAAACAUUCCGAAGUUGGAUAUGGUGGUUCUGAGAAUGGUGGGCUGGAGUUUAGCUAGAAGUUUGCUUUGUGCUUUGUGGGCUCUGGUAUGGUCUUGCUUUGUUAUGGUUGUUUUGGUUGCUUGAGAGCUUCUUAUUGCAGCUGGUCUUGACUGAUUAGUAGUGGUUUGGUUUGUAAAUGAAAUGGAAAAUGGAUU